CCAUAAAAAAAAUAAGUUUGUCUUGUGAUAUAAUUAACAAAAACACAUUGAGCUUUGGUUUGUUUUGACACCAUAUUCAUAAACAAGAGAAUGGUUCAUAAGUUGAAAGCAUACAUUCUAAUGGUGUUUGUGCAGAUUGCAUAUGCAGCUGUUAACAUCAUCUACAAGCUAGCCAUAAACGAUGGAAUGAGCAUGAGGGUAGUCACUGCCUAUCGUCUGCUUUUUGCAUCGCUUUUCACUGUUCCCGUCGCUCUUAUAUAUGAUAGGAACAAUAGCUCAAAGAUUACUUCCAAGGUGCUUUUCUUGGGAUUCCUCUGUGGAUUGUUUGGAGGAAGUUUAUUCAGUAACCUUUACCUUGUGGCGAUGGAUUUGACAUCAGCAUCGUUUAUGUUGGCUAUGAUCAAUCUUACUCCUGGCAUUACCUUCAUUAUGGCCUUAUCCUGCGGAUUGGAAAAGUUAAAUCUGGAAGUAGCAGAGGGGAGGGCAAAGGUGAUAGGCAGCAUAAUUGGAAUUAGUGGGGCAAUGUUUGUGACCUUCGUGAAAGGCACAGAAAUUAAUAUCUGUUCGUUUAAAAUCAACCUUAUGCAUACACAUCAGAACCAAAAUGGGAAUGCAUCAUCACCCACUCAGUUUCGAAAUAAGUUGUUGGGAGUUCCGUUGGCCAUUCUCAGCUGCUGCUUUUAUUCUCUCUGGUUCAUCCUUCAGGCUAAAAUGAAUGAAGAAUACCCAAGUUCAAAUUCAAGCACAGCUUUAAUGAACACAAUGGGAGCACUGCAGGCCACCAUUUUCACUCUCUGUGUCGACAGAGAUUGGAACCACUGGAAGCUGGGUUUCAAUAUCAGGCUUCUAACUGCAGCUUAUUCGGGAAUUGUGGCCUCUGGAAUAAUGGUUGUGAUCAUUGCCUGGUGCAUAAAGAGGAGAGGUCCCCUAUUUGUGUCUAUUUUCAGUCCUCUACAGCUUGUGCUAGUGGAUAUAGCUGCAUAUUUUAUGUUAGAUGAGAAAUUAUAUGUAGGAAGUGUGGUUGGAGCAGUGAUGAUCGUGUGCGGUCUAUACGUGGUGCUUUGGGGUAAAGCCCAAGAAUUGAAAAAGAAGUCUGAAUUAGUGUCAUCGGAAAACACAACAAGAAGAGAGUUCGAAAAUGUUGAGGUUGUAAGCUUACCACCUAGGUCACAACAACCAUGAAUGUUGCUCUUCACGAUCAGAGACUACUUACAGGAAAAUAAGCAUAUUUUGUUCUUUUCUUCAGGCGUUGUUUCUGUCUUGGUUUUCUCAAUACAUUUUAUGAUUGAUUAACGUAUUCAACUUAAAAGCAGUUAAUAUUAAUCAAAAGAU